AGAGCGAGUGAGCUAAAGCCGAGUGUGAAGAAGAUCUCAGAGUCGCAUCAGCUGCAGUGACACACACACCGCAUCCUUCCAGCAUCACACACACAGCUGAGCACCAUGAGGGAGAUCGUUCAUAUCCAGGCCGGGCAGUGCGGCAACCAGAUCGGUGCCAAGUUCUGGGAGGUGAUCAGUGAUGAACACGGGAUUGAUCCCACUGGCAGUUAUCAAGGUGACAGUGAACUGCAGCUGGAGAGGAUAAGUGUUUAUUACAAUGAGGCGUCUGGAAACAAAUAUGUCCCUCGUGCCAUCCUGGUGGACCUGGAGCCUGGCACUAUGGACUCGGUCCGCUCUGGCCCAUUUGGACAAAUCUUCAGGCCAGAUAAUUUUGUGUUUGGUCAAAGCGGAGCUGGGAACAAUUGGGCCAAAGGCCACUACACAGAGGGAGCGGAGUUGGUGGACUCAGUGCUGGACGUGGUGAGGAAGGAGUCUGAGAACUGCGACUGCCUGCAGGGCUUCCAGCUCACGCACUCCCUGGGGGGGGGCACCGGCUCCGGCAUGGGCACUCUCCUCAUCAGCAAGAUUCGCGAGGAGUAUCCCGACCGGAUCAUGAACACUUUCAGCGUCAUGCCUUCACCCAAAGUGUCCGACACAGUGGUGGAGCCCUACAACGCGACACUCUCUGUGCAUCAACUGGUGGAGAACACCGACGAGACCUUCUGCAUUGACAACGAAGCACUCUACGAUAUUUGCUUUCGCACUCUUAAACUCACCACUCCUACUUACGGCGACCUGAACCACCUUGUUUCGGCGACCAUGAGUGGGGUCACCACUUGCCUGCGAUUCCCCGGUCAACUUAACGCCGACUUGCGCAAGCUGGCCGUCAACAUGGUGCCCUUCCCUCGCCUCCACUUCUUCAUGCCUGGUUUCGCUCCUCUGACAAGUCGUGGAAGCCAGCAGUAUCGUGCCCUUUCAGUGCCAGAGCUCACGCAGCAGAUGUUCGACGCCAAGAACAUGAUGGCGGCCUGCGACCCGCGCCACGGACGAUACCUCACAGUUGCCGCCAUCUUCCGUGGACGCAUGUCCAUGAAGGAGGUGGACGAGCAGAUGCUGAGCGUUCAGAACAAGAACAGUAGCUACUUCGUGGAAUGGAUCCCCAACAACGUCAAGACCGCAGUCUGCGACAUCCCACCACGCGGGCUCAAAAUGUCCGCCACAUUCAUCGGCAACAGCACGGCCAUUCAAGAGCUGUUCCGCAGGAUUUCAGAGCAGUUCACCGCCAUGUUCAGACGCAAGGCUUUCCUGCACUGGUACACUGGUGAGGGAAUGGACGAGAUGGAGUUCACAGAGGCCGAGAGCAACAUGAACGACCUGGUCUCCGAGUACCAGCAGUACCAAGACGCCACUGCGGAUGAAGUGGGCGAGUAUGAGGAGGACGAUCUUGAAGAGGAGGAGGACGCUCGUCAUUGAGUCAGCUCCCGAAGAAGAUGGCAC